GGCACAUGUCUCCUUUGAUUGUCUAUUUGUCUUUACUUUUGAACCCAACCAUAAAAAUACCGUUAAUUUAAAGAAAAUUCCUUCUCUAUCCAAUAACUGGAUUAUUUCUUUUCGUCUUCCUGUCAGAACUGCAAUAAUCGAUUAAGAAUUUAGUUGAAAACUGGAAAGAGCUGUAGUGUUUUUCCGUAAUACAUCAUUCAGUAAUUCCAUUAUGGUGGAAAUAAUUUCAAAACUGUGUUUUACAGGCAUUAGAUAUCACUUGAAAACAAGCCGCGUUGUAAAAUAUCAUCGAAGAACUUCAUUCUUAGUGUUUAAUAAGCGUUGUAUGUCAACAGAACUUGCACAUGAAACUUUUACUGCCACAAACUUACAGUCAUCAGCUACCAAAUAUUACAGAGAUGAUUAUCUAAUAGAGACUGAAUAUUAUUUUGAAAAUGGACUUCGUAAGGUGUAUCCAUAUUAUUUUCAAUACUCCACUUUUUGCAAAGGACGGUGGCUAAAUAGAAAAUUAAUUGAUGUGUAUUCUGAAGAGUUUCCUAUAUAUCCAAGAAAAGAAUUUGAAAGACGAAUAUCUGAAGGUGUACUGAAAGUUAAUGGUAAAAGUGUUGACUUAGAUUAUAUUUUAAGAGACGGAGAUCAUCUCACUGCUUGUGGUCACAGACAUGAACUUGGAGUUUUGGCUUCACCUGUAAACAUUAUUUAUGAAAAUGAAGACUUUCUUAUUGUUAAUAAGCCAUCUUCAAUUCCUGUUCAUCCCUGUGGACUUUACAGGCAUAAUACUAUUUUGUUUAUUCUUGCUAAAGAGAAGAAUAGGAAAAAUCUUCAUGUGGCUCAUCGUUUAGAUCGAUUAUCUUCAGGAGUUUUAAUUCUAGCGAAAAGCAGCAAGAAAUCUCGAGAGUUACAUGAUCAAUUAAAUUUACAUGACGUCAAAAAGGAAUAUGUAUGCCGUGUAGAGGGAAAUUUUCCUGAUGGUAUUUUAAUAUGCAAUAAACCACUUAAAAAAAUUAAUCAUAAGCUUGGAAUUUCUAUAGUGGACCCAUCAGGUAAAGUGUCUGUCACAGAAUUUAAAAAACUUAGUUUUAAUGGUAAAUCCAGUGUUGUAUGUUGUAGGCCUCUUACUGGUCGAACUCAUCAAAUAAGAGUACAUUUGCAGUAUUUGGGGUAUCCUAUUGUGAAUGAUCCUUUAUACAACAGCUAUGCAUUUGGGCCUGCUAAAGGCAAGCAUGGCAUAUUUCAUAAGACUAUUAAAGAACUCUUGGAGGAUUUAGCUGAAGAACAUACUUCAGAAUGGUGGCUAGAAAGUUCCUAUGCAAACAUUGAUGAAGCUUAUGAAACUGGGAAAUCUGAAAUGAAUUUUAGGCAGCAAAUGCAGUUUGCUAUGAUAGAUAAAGAACUGGUGGAAAGCAAAUAUAAGAAAGACGAUGCAAAAGUAUCCUUUGAUAAAAAUUGUUAUUUUUGCUGUCGUUCGUAUCGAGAUCCAAAACCAAUAAAUUUAAUUAUGUUUCUGCAUUCUCUUAAAUAUCAAGCCCGAGACUGGGAAUUUAGAACAGAGAUGCCUACUUGGGCAUCUGAAGAAUGGAAUCUUAUGUAAAUAAGUAUAAUAUAAGGAUGCAAUAAAUAACUAUUUAUUGAUGACAAAAUUAAUUAGUUUAAAACUUAUGUAAUUUAUUUUAAAAGAAGUUUCCAAA